AUGUUCCCGACAGCUUGUCGACUAGCUGCCAAGCCCCCGGGCUUUUUUAAGCGGAGUGCAGAGGAAUUCAGUCGGUUAUCAAGAAUUGCCUGGAACACCGAAGCUCUCUCCACGCCAACAAAGCCAUACCACCUUCUGAACUUCGAAGAUGAAUCGUCUGUCGCGAGCUGCAAGACCAUGGCCGACCGCGCCGUGGGAGGCUUCAGCACUGCAAGCAUUGACUACGUCCCCGCCGAACCUUCAACGAAUACGCCUGCUCACGCAAGGUUCCACGGAACCAUCUCGACCAAGCUUCCAGACAACUGGAGGGUAGAGAGGACAGGAUACGCCGCCUUCCGCAACCAAGAUCGAGGCUUAUGGCUCUUUGGCCGAUUAUACUGGGAUCUCGACCCAUACACCUACCUAGCCCUGCGAGUUAAAUCCGACGGCCGUCGCUACACAGUGAACAUUCAGACCGACACCAUUGUAGAGACUGAUAUCCACCAACACCGAUUAUACACACGCCAUCACCACGUGCGCGACUCAGAAGCCUCCUCAUCCUAUGACCCCCUCUCGCCCUACUCAUCACCCGAGGCCGCGGAAUCGCCUGAGAUCGCUGAAGAAAAGUAUCCCACUGGAAUACCUGAAGCUCUCUCCGACGUUCCGCCACCCUCCACGAUCAUGUCUUCAAUGUCGGCCACAACCUCUGGCUCGACCGGAUGGGAGACGAUUCUGCUGCCGUUCAACGCAUUCGUCCGAACCAACCAUGGGCUUGUUGCAGAGCCCCAGACGUCGAUCAUCAGACAACGGGUGAAGAGUGUGGGUAUUGGUUUGACAGACCGCGUUGAAGGCCCUUACGAUCUCCGCAUCCAUCGUAUCUGGGCUACGAAUGGGAUGAGUGAAGGCGAGAUUGAGGAGGAGCGUCGGAUUUGCGGAACAGCCGCCUUGCCUGUUGACGAGGGUGUUCGAAGGAACUGGGUCGCGCCGAACGAAGAUGAGCCUCAGAAGCAAGAGAAACCAGAGGGCAAGGCGAAGGGGCUGAAGGGUUUGCGCGACGAGUGGGACUAA